CCAGAACUCAAAACCAGGAAACGAUAUUUUGGAAGAGUGCCUCUCACUAAGUACAGACACAUCCUGACACGCGGGAACCGCGGGACUUGACCAAAUUCAACGAUUCCCGGAUAGGAGAGACCAAAGGUAUCCUGAGACUAGCGGAAUUCAUCAAGAAGUUUUGAAAGACGGAGGGACACGAGGGCCGAGAAACUGGGGAUGAGAGAAAAUGGCAGAGGAAACAGAGGCGGACAAGGGAGGAGGGUGAUGACGAUCCCUCACGACUCUAUCAACAGUCUGGCUAACCCUCAGAAAGUCUACGGGGAUCGCCAAGAUAACAGAAUGAGAGAGCAGAUGGUUUGUGUCAGGUUCAUACAUGGCGGUCGAGUUAUGAUCCCUCAUUUGUGCCGCGGAAACGGGCCUAGAUUAGCUACCUCGAGACAGAGCGAUGAGGCGUUCGAGUGGUGUAUGCGAGAGAAAAGGCAUUGCGAGGUGCUUCCACACAUGAUAUACAUGUCGCGCGCUAUGAAGCCAAGUGCGAAUUUACUCCGCACCGCCAUUCUCACGCCCACGGUAUUGGGAAUACGCAUAUCCCGGUUGCCACGGCAAGCUAACAUUCUCCAGGGUGUUGCUGUAUGCCUCCACUAUACAACGUCGAUGCGAGGUGACCCCGGAACGCCACUCGAGCAAUUCAGACGGCAAAAAAGGUUGCCUUUGGAAUCAACCGCGGUCGCGCCAUAUGAUAACCGACGAUCUAUAUGAUACGCUCAUAUUGAUGUACAACCUAUAAGCGACUGUUGAUAAGAUUUAUGAGUGCCGAAAUUAAACUUUCAUGUCAGAAGGGACAUCUGUGCCGGGUUGAGGUGCACAUAAUUCAGGAACCAAGGGCACUAAUAACAAAAUUUGGGAGGAAUUGAGGGAAUUCACGGGCGAGAGCUCGACCUUGCGAAGUGUGGGUUCGGGAUACCUAGCAGGUGCUGAGGGGCGUGCAGUACCCACCGUAACGGUGCAACCCGGACGAUGUAGGCGUG